AGUUUCUAUGGCAUUUUACAUAGUAUGUCAAAUUUGUUUGAACGACAUUUUUUUGAAUGAGAAGAAAUACGUUUUAUGACUGAUUAAAAUCAUAUUUUAGUGAUGUUCCAAUCAAUUUUGCUCAUUACGAUGUAUCUGAGUUACACACAUGCACAAGGAACUAUCCCACCGCAUCUCAAUGAGAAUUUCCAACCGAAAGAAGAGGACCCUUCGAAAAAUGACUAUUGUAGCAUGUAUUGUGGGAGGGUACAGCAUACGGGUUGUGACUGCAAACUGGGACCAGGACGACAAGAACAACUGGCAAGAAAAGGAGCAGCGGGACUACGUGCUGGAAUCGUAGAAUAUCACAAUCAUUUAAGAAAUUUGGUCGCAAAUGGAAGUGAUACUCGGGGUAAAGCCGGAAAAGCAGCCAACAUGAUGGCUAUUAGUUACAACUUAGAGCUGGAAUACUUAGCAAGAUGUUUUCUAAGAAGUAGAUUUAUCGGACAUCAAGAUGAAUGCAGGACAAUGGCUAACGGCAGAAAAUUAGGUCAAAAUUCUGGAGGCUUUGAUCAGAUAGAUGACUCCGAUAAAAUAAUCUAUAAACUAAUUGAGCGAUGGUAUGAAGAAAUCAUGGAAAUGACGCCAUCCAUUUUUAGAAAGUUUAAAAUUGAAAGAAGGGUAGGGCAUUUUACAACAAUGGCUUGGGGGGAUGUUAAUGCAAUAGGAUGUGGUCGCGUAAUCGUUAGAAAUCCACUAACACUUAAAUUUUUAUACCCUUCCUUUGAAAGCAUUUUCCUCUGUAACUACGGAAGUACGCUUCCUGGAAACAACAAACAAUUCGGGGUUAAUAUCAUUGGGCGGCCAGUAUAUCUUCCAGGUGAACCAUGCACACUGUGUCCCAAAGACUACCCGUGUAAUAAAGGAUACAAAGCUUUGUGCGGAGAAGUCAGUGCCCCUCCAACUGCCGUUGAAUAUGACUUUGCGCUAGUAGACUAUGCCCCACAAAGCCCAAAGGUUAAACCUUUCAAAGACCCACCUAAACCUAAACCUAAACCUAAAACUAAAGCCAAACCCAAAACCAAAACUAAAACUAAAACUAAAACUAAACCUAAACCUAAAACUAAAACUAAAGCUAAAACUAAAACUAAAAAAACUAAAACUAAACAGAAACAGAAACCUAAACCAACACCCAAAAAAGGAAAAUACGCGCCCGGAAAACCCCCAUACAAUAAACCCAAAAUCGAGGAAGACGAUGACAAAAAAUCCUCACCCAAAAAAAAGUCCAGGAAAAAAUCCAAAAAACCGGAUCUAGACGACCCAGACAACAGGAGCAUCAAAGAAGGAACAUCCUUAGUAAUGAUUUGUUCUAUGUCACUACUAAUCGUAUAUUUUGUGUACUAAACUUUCAAAAUUAAUAAAGUAAUCGCAAUGAAA